AGUGCCAAAUGUAGAAGGAAAAUCUUGCUUUACAACCAUUUGCAUUCAACACAGAGAUGGGUAUUUUCAAUAAGAUCAUCUGUGUACAUUGCUUCUUGAUUUUUGCAUGAAAGAACACUUUUUGGUUGGUCACAGUGCUCCCAUUGUAACAAGAGGGACCACUGACUGCAAGACAUACAUUUUUAAGAAAAGCUAAAAGUAUUAGAUAGUAUAUGAAGUUUAACUGAAAGAUGUACAACUUUAUACAAAAAACAGAAUGCCCUCCAAAAAAGAAAACAAUACUCAGGCAAGAAACUAUCACUGUGCAAAAGAGCUCACUGCACCCUUGAAUUGGAAAGGCAUUCAGAAGCUAAACUGAACUCUCUUGGGAACCAUCUGAUGUUAGAAGAAAUAAGUAGUAUAAUAUCUCUUAUCCCAUUAAUGUAUUGAGCCAGUCUCGAAGACCCUCUUUCAAGAUUCUGAUUCCAACUGACUGCAGUUAUAGAAUUGCCCUCAAUGAUCAAGGAGGUAAAACCAAGGCACCUCAGCUUUGUUAGCAUCAGCAUCCUUGAUAGGUCCAAUGUUGGGUUACAAAAUUCACCAUCCACUCCAAAGAAGAUCUUACCGCUGCCAGCAGAUCCCUUGAGUUUAAAGCUAGCUCCCCUGAGCGAUACCAUCUCGCUCACCUCCCUACUCAUGGGAGCAAGCAAGAGGAAAGAGAAAGACCUGUGAAGGACUACCUCCAUAAAGUUGUCUUUGGAUUGCAGGAUAGAUGCGGAAAAGUGGCAAAGAACUUUUUUCAUUCCAUUUCAAUGGAAAUGGGGCACGGGACCCACCAUCAAGUAAAGCUUACUCAAGAACUUUUGAUGAUCAUCGACAAAACAUAAAUCAGACGGUUUAGGUCAACUAAUUAGGUCUGAAUCUGAUUAAGAUUAACUGUGGUUUACUUAAAUAUUAACUUACACCCGACCGGUGAAGAUUGGAGACGUGCCGUCGUCCGGUCAACCGAUUCUAUUCAACACUUGGUUUUGAGGCAACGUUGGCAACGCAACCCAGUUCGCUAAGUAUCCUCGGUUAUGACUUAUCCCUCGCUUGUCCCUGAAAUCCACUCAACGAAUCCCCCAAAAACAUUCCCCUACAAAAAGCACCGAUAAGUUAUUCAUGAUUCCCAAAUCCUCUCCCCAACUGCCGUAACGAUCAUUUGAUUUGACACAAUGGAAUCAGUGGCCUCCAAUUCACCUUCGGCUUCACCGCAGCAGCUGCGGUCGCAGUCGCACCCCCGAUUCAAGCCAGCCCAACCAAUUGCAGAUCGGAUAGCCCGAGCCUUCCGCCACCCUCUCCAGCUCCUCCACCGAUCAGACGACAAGUUCUUCAUCCUUGGUGCGACGUGCAAUGUGUACACUGUUACAUUGUCCACCACCCCAUCUUGCACAUGCCCCGACCGCACAAUUCCCUGUAAGCACAUUCUGUUCGUCUUCCUCCGCGUCCUUGGCAUGUCUGUUGACGACUCAUGCCUAAGAAGGAGAACGCUCAGGCCAUGCCAACUGAGUCGCCUACUCGGGACGCCCACCUCCCCUGAAUCCUUGGCUGGUGCCCAUCUGCGAGAGAGAUUCCAUCAGCUCUUCUCACAAGCAAGACGGGAUCCUCCACGGCGGGUGACAGGUUUGGAGGACGGAGCCACAUGUCCAAUCUGUCUGGAAGAGAUGGGGAUUGAAGAUCGGUUGGUAGCUUGUGGAACCUGCCGGAAUCCCUUGCAUGAGGAGUGUUUUCAUACAUGGAAGAGGAGCAGGGGGAGGAGGGCAGCUAACUGCGUCAUUUGUAGGGCAAGAUGGAGGGAGAGAGCCGAUCAGGAGAGGUAUCUGAACCUCGGUGCGUAUGUUACCGGGGAUGAGAAUGUUGGGGGUAGUAGUAGAACUCCAUGUGGUGGUUAAUGGUUAAUGGAUGUAAAUACAGAGUACUGUAAGGUGACAUGCAAGUGUUUUAGUCGGUGAUUGUAGAAUAACAAUGUACAUACAGUACUGUAAUGUAUUCAAGAUUA